AUGCAAAAUUUUAACUUAAAACGGUCAUCUUGCUUUGCAAUUCCUCAAACGAGUAGUAUUAAUGCUGUGAAGAACUUAGCUAAGGGAAGGCCUAGCUCAAUUAUUAAAGGGUAUUCCAGUAAAGGUUCGACUAAAUCUGGCAAGCAGAUGACUUCGAUGAAGUCUUACGGCAGUGCCACGACUUUUAGAAAUCAGAAAUGUAAGAAGGGCAAGAGUAAAGCUAAACUACUGGAAAGCUACAUCAAUAAAGAGAACACCCACCUAGUUUACCCAUUGGAGAAAGGGAGAGAAAUCUCACACCAAAUCAGCCCUGAUUUCUCAAAGACUAGGAAUAUACUGUCCUUAAAGACUAGGAAUAUCAGUCCAAAUGCUCUGAAAGAGAUCGGAGAAAGAUGCAGUAGCACAAAUGACUUGCAUCAAAACAGGAAAUUAUCCUGCCUUACCCCAGAAGCAGUUCAAGGAGUGGUAGUUAUAGAUGUCAUUAAGGAGCUUAAUGAAGCUAUGGAAACCUUACGUUCCGAAAUUACCGCUGAAAUCCAUGUCUUAAAAGAGAAUUAUGAGCUCUGCUAUAAAGAAAAUUCUGACUGCAAAGCUAAAAUCCAGUAUCUUGAAGAGAAGGUGUUUUCCCAAGAAUCUCAGAUAACUGACCUUGAAGCAAAGAUAACUUGAUUAAAAAGCCCCUAUAAAAAGAAAGAAAAGCGCCGCCCAGGCGUUUGCAAUUUCAUGAUAAAUUUAAAAUCUGAGGAGAGGCCUAAAAGCGCACAAGAGAUAUUGGUUCUCAACGGUGAGAAGAAGAUGAAGUCACGAAAUGAAGUCUCAACUAAGCAAUCCAAAAUACAGUGAAUAACUACGAGGGAUAAAAUGCCCUUUGAAGGUAGAUCAAUGUCUAUGAAAACCACACUUGAAAGAACACUGGGGACAAGCAACAAAACAUGGGAAAUUGAGGACGAAAUUAAGGAAAUGAAUAUAGUUGAAUCCUAUGAUAGGAGACAAGGUAGUCUACAACCAGUAGAGUUAGAUGAUAGGAACUUGGUCCUUGCUGAAGAAGGUCAUAUUUCAAAGCUCAGGACCUUCCAUAAUGUCUCUGAUAUGAAAUCCACUGGUUAUAAGUCUCUUAAAAAGUGUAAAUCGGAUAAGUUAAUUCAUUUCCCGACUAUUUUGGGUCAGAAUAAACCUAAAAAGAAUGCUAAUAAACGACUCUCUUACCUUGAAAGGUACCAAAAAGUUAAAGAGCUUGAAGUAAAUCUCAACUCUUUAAGAAGAGAUGAUCUCUCCCAAAAUCGAAAGCUGCUGAAGGAUAGGAAUAUUCAUAAAUUUUGAAAUGCCAAGCUGACCCAAAAAACUAGGCUCCCACAGACAGCAUUUACUCUUUCAAAAAACAGAUCAGAAGCAGAUAUCCUAGCUGGUAUUAAUUCAAGGAUGCAUAUGUAGUGAAUAAGAGUCCAU